GCGGGGUGUGAGAGGCCGCGCCCCGCGGGCCGGAAGUCGGGCAGCGAGCGGCGUGCAGGAGCCCCGCCCUCCUGGGCUGGAUUCUGUGCGGGGGCGGGGCAGUGGGAGGGGCCUGUGGCCGCGGGAAUCCCGACCCCGCCCCUUUCCCCACCCCUCCAUUUCUCGCCAUGGCCCCUGCACUGCUCCUGGUCCCUGCUGCCCUCGCCUCUUUCAUCCUGGCCUUUGGCACCGGAGUGGAGUUCGUGCGCUUUACCUCCCUUCAGCCACUUCUUGGACGGAUCUCGGAGUCUGGUGGUCCGGAUGCCCGCCAGGGAUGGCUGGCUGCCCUGCAGGACCGCAGCAUCCUUGCCCCGCUGGCAUGGGAUCUGGGGCUCCUGCUUCUAUUUGUUGGGCAACACAGCCUCAUGGCAGCUGAGAGAGUGAAAGCAUGGACAUGCCGGUACUUUGGGGUCCUUCAGAGGUCACUGUAUGUGGCCUGCACUGCCUUGGCCUUGCAGCUGGUGAUGCGGUACUGGGAGCCCGUACCCAGAGGCCCGGUGUUGUGGGAGGCUCGGGCUGAGCCAUGGGCCACCUGGGUGCCCCUCCUCUGCUUUGUGCUCCAUGUCAUCUCCUGGCUCCUCAUCUUCAGCAUCCUUCUCGUCUUUGACUACGCUGAGCUCAUGGGCCUCAAGCAGGUAUACUACCAUGUGCUGGGGCUGGGCGAGCCUCUGGCCCUGAAGUCUCCCCGGGCUCUCAGACUCUUCUCCCACCUGCGCCACCCAGUGUGUGUGGAGCUGCUGACAGUGCUGUGGGUGGUGCCCACGCUUGGCACAGACCGUCUCCUUCUUGCUCUCCUCCUUACCCUCUACCUGGGCCUGGCUCAUGGGCUUGAUCAGCAAGACCUCCGCUACCUCCGGGCCCAGCUGCAAAGAAAACUCCACCUGCUCUCUCGACCCCAGGAUGGGGAGGCAGAGUGAGAAGCUCACUCUCGUUACAAGCCCUGUUCUUCCCCGCCCCCUGAAUUCUUUUUUGUUGUUGAGAUGGAGUCUUGCUCUGUUGCCCAGGCU